GUCAAAGUAUUAUUUUUGUGAUUGUAAAGAUAAAAUUUUAACUAUUCGGUUUUAACUCCUAAGUUUAGGAUCAAAGUAAAAUGUCCUGCCGUAACGCUUCGCACGCUGGAAGCUGGUAUACGGAGAAUGGAAACGAGCUCUCCCGACAGCUGGACCUCUGGCUGUCCAAGGCGGACCUCAGCCAUGGACCCGCGCGGGCCAUUAUCGCCCCUCAUGCCGGCUACUCAUACUGCGGCGCUUGCGCCGCCUUCGCGUACCGACAAGUCAGCCCUGUUGUUGUCAAACGUAUCUUCAUCCUGGGCCCCUCGCACCACGUGCGGUUAGGAGGCUGCGCGCUCUCGUCGCUCGACAAGUACCAAACACCGCUCUACGACCUCACCAUAGACAAACAGAUUUACGUGGAGUUGGAGGCGACGCGGCAGUUCGAGUGGAUGGACGUACAGACAGACGAAGAUGAGCACUCCAUAGAGAUGCACCUGCCCUAUAUAGCUAAGGUCAUGGAAGAAUACAAAACCGGCUUCACGAUCAUACCUAUACUCGUAGGAUCAUUAACGCCUGAAAAAGAAGCUAAAUACGGCGCCAUAUUAGCCCCCUACCUCGCAGACCCUCAGAACCUGUUUGUGGUGUCAUCCGACUUCUGCCACUGGGGCUCGCGGUUCCGCUACACCUGGCGGGACUCCGCCCGCGGGCAGCUCCACCAGAGCAUCGAGUGGCUCGACAAACAGGGUAUGGACAUCAUAGAGACGAUGGACCCGCGUUUGUUCACAGAGUACCUCAACAAAUACGGUAACACCAUAUGCGGCCGCCACCCCAUAGGGGUCUUACUACAGGCCGUAUCGAAGCUGGCGAACUCCUCGAACGCGCCAAAGAUGUCGCUAAAGUUCCUCAAGUACGCGCAAUCUUCGCAGUGCAUGACGCCGCAGGACUCGUCUGUCUCGUACGCCAGCGCGUCGCUCGUCUUUGAGUAGGUACACGGGUAUAGUGGGG